AUGGCGCACGACACCAACACCGCCGCGGAAGUCCCAGAUAUGGUUGCGUGGGAAGAGGACAUGGAACAAGACGAAGAUGACUGGUCCACGGUUGUUGGGUCCGACGAGGGGUUCGACUCUAUCGGCUCCGACGAGACUCUAGGGGAGGAGAUGUCUCUGCUAGAUCGCGUGCAGAUGUGGGAUGGCAAAGACGCAGUUGAGUUGAAAGCUAUCCUGGCCGAGAUCGGUGCCCCGUCCAAAGCAAAGGACUAUGAUGCGGUCGAAGAGUGCUGUGUAGCCUUCUUUUCACGACAGGACGAGGUUUAUUUUGCCACUGGGCGCGAAGACGUCUUUCCGCCAUACGUGUCUGCGCGACUGUGCUUCUACAUGGCGUGCGCGACAGCGGGCAUGAAGGGUCCUCACGACAGUGACACCUACCUCGAGUUGGCCUGUACCUGGAUCGAUAAGGCUUUGGCAGACGAAAAGGCUUCGGAGGGCGACAAGGGCGUCAGCAAGCGUGUCGUGGAAUGGCAUGAUUUCAUCCACAAGACGUGCGUGGAAUGCGGUCUGCACAAGGUGUCUUCAAGCUCAGAGUCUCCAAGCUCACCGGCCCCUGCUCUGACACCUGCUCCAAUGCCGUCCGCUACUCCAAUGCCGACCGUGGCAGCCCCGCUGCCAGAGCCCACGACGGAGGAGCAGAAGGCGGCGGACACCGAGGCAGGGUGGAAGAAGUAUGGCGGCAUGAAUGAGGAGGAGGCGAAGAGCAUCAGCACUCGUAGGAAGUACAAGAAGCUUCCUGUCCGCCUGCGAAUGCAGACCGCGGUUGAUGCGCACCAGCAUGAGAAGGGAAACAAGCAGAUGGCCUUGGACAGGUCGCAGAGCCGGGUCCAGAAGCCUGGCAGGAAGAGCGUGUUCGGUCUGUUCGAGGGUCGCGCGAAGGAAGAGAUCGAGAAGGGAGACGAUGGUCAUGGGAGUGGGUGGAUGCGCACAUGA